AUGACCAGCGCUGCGCAGCCUAGUGUGGCGGCCACCAACUCCAUCCCACCCGUUGAACAGGUCCGUCCUCAUAUCAAGCCGGAGGAGAUCUCGUUUCCGCUACCCAAGAGCCUAUAUACGACAGCUCAUAUUCAUCUGACGUUUCUCGAUACGUCGGUGAUGGUGUUCCUGACAACGACGACGGUGGGCGGUAAUUCUGCGGGCAGCGUUAAGCCAAUGGGGAGUUUUGUCUAUGCCAUGCCAGAUCGUACAUCACCCGGCUCCACCAUAUCGACCACGCUAUAUUCGUACCCAGCGAGCGUCGAAUAUGCGACUCGCACAGCCAAGAUACUUGCCCGUCGCAUGGGUGUCCCAGUGUAUGUUGGUUGCAGUAUCGACGCCUCUGGUUUGGGGUUAAUCGUUGAGGAGGAAAUGGACGGGUUUAAGAAGAUCGUGGGGGUUAUUAUGAAGCGGUGGGAGGAAAGAGAAAGGAGGGAAUAA